AUGUCCGCAUCCUGGAGAGGACUGCAAGCUACCGCCAAACACACGAACCUCUACCUGCUGUCAAGCCUGGCCUUGACGAAAUCGGGACAAACAUCUCGAUCCAGCGCUCCAAUCCGAGCCAUGUCUUCAUUCACACUACCCGGGUCCCCCAGUACCCGCGUGAACUCUACGCCUGACCUCUCCCAGGACGACUUGCUGUCCUUCCCUGCAUUCAAUACCUGGAUAUCGACACUACAGGCAUCGCUGGCACAGCAGCAAAACCCGGUCCACGAAUUCCAUCAUGAUCCGUAUAUCCUGCGUCAGAUUGAUAUCCAGUCCGUUGACCGAUUUGGCGGGAGUCGGCUGGGCUUCAUCAAGUUGAAGGCUGAUGUAUCGAAUCGUUCCGGCGAGCAUUUACCCGGUAGCGUUUUCCUACGUGGUGGCAGUGUCGGUAUGCUUCUCAUCCUUCAGCCGGAUGAUAUUCCUGCCUCUCUAGAGCAAGGUAAACAAGCAAUACUCACCAUUCAACCUCGAAUUCCAGCUGGAUCCUUAUCCUUUGCCGAGAUUCCCGCGGGAAUGCUCGAUGAUAGCGGGUCCUUUGCUGGUGGCGCGGCGAAAGAGAUUCAAGAAGAGACGGGUUUGUCUGUUCGGCAGGAUGAGCUGAUUGACUUAACCUCACUGGCUCUGGACUCGGCGCAGGAAAAGUCGGGCGAGACUUUGCAGAAAGCUGUGUAUCCGUCUGCUGGGGGCAGUGAUGAAUUUAUUCCCCUUUUCCUAUGUCAGAAGCGUAUGCCUCGUAAGGAGAUCGAGGAGCUACAAGGAAAGUUGACUGGUCUACGGGACCAUGGAGAGAAGAUUACUUUAAAGGUGGUACCCCUAGAGAACCUUUGGAAGGAAGGACUAAGAGAUGGCAAGACGCUUGCUGCGUGGGCCCUCUAUAAAGGGUUGAAAGAGGAGGGUAAAAUUUGA